GUGUACUUGGGCGUUGGACUCCGCAUCUUAUUAGCAACAAGGGAAAUUUCUCCAUUUUCCACCCUGUCUAGAGCGACACUGCCACAAAUCUGGGAUUUUUUUAUUACUUGUCUUUACUUGGCAGUUUUUUCUGCGUUUUACCCCAUUUGCUCACUGAGACAGGACUUCGCUUACUCCAAGAGUGAACUUUCCAAAGAGGGGAAUCUGCAAAGAGCGUGCAAAUAAGAAAGGCGUGUGGUCUUUGUUCGUUUUUGGAUCGGUUCAGUUUCUUUGUUGGAGCGAAAGCAUGGGAGCGCAAUUCUCCAAGACCACUGCAAAAUGCGAAACCGCGGCAGAAAAGCCAGGAGAGGCAGCUGCUUCACCUUCCAAGGCUAACGGACAGGAGAACGGCCAUGUGAAAGUGAACGGUGACGCCUCCCCCGCCGCAGCCGAGGGAAACAAGGAGGAGGUGCAGGCCAAUGGCAGUGCCACUGCUGAGGAGGCCCCCAAGCAGGAGGCAGAGAAGGCAGAGGCUGCCGCACCCGCAGAGGGCGAGAAGGCCGCCGAGGGCGAGGAGAAGAGCGCGGAGGCUGCAGCCGACACCCCCGCGGCUGAUGGAGAGGCCAAGGCGGAGGACGGUGCCACCCCCUCCACCAGCACCGAGACGCCCAAGAAGAAGAAGAAGCGCUUCUCCUUCAAGAAGUCCUUCAAGCUGAGCGGCUUCUCCUUCAAGAAGACCAAGAAGGAGACGGGGGAGGGCGAGGAGGCGGCUGCAGCCACUGAGGAGGCUAAGGCCGAGGGAGCCGAGGCCGCGGAGGCCGCCGCCUCAGAGGAGGCCAAGCCCGCCGGAGAGGAGGCCGCUGCCGCCCCAGCAGCGGAGGCAGCUGCCAGCCCCGUGGAGGCCAAGCCAGAGGAGACGGCAGAGAAACCCGCUGCCGAGGAGGCCAAGGCCGCCCCCGCCGCAGAGGAGCCCAAGGCGGAGGAGAAACCAGCUGAGCCUGCAGCAGCGGAGGCCAAGUCUCCAGAAACGGAGGCACCCAAGGCCGAGGAGCCCGCGCCCGCCACACAGGAGCCUGCAGCAGCCUCUAGUCCAGAGGCACCUGCUGAGGCCCAGGAGUAAAGGCCCCCCAGACCAGCAAGCCUUUAGGCCCGAGCGAAAGAGAUAACAAGAAAAUGGAGAAAAAAAGAUAAUCAAAGAACACCUUUUUCCCUGUUUGUAUGUUGGAGUGGUGCCAGUUCCUGGCUCUGGAGAACUUGUCCUACAACCAGGGAUAUUUUAAAGCUUUUUUUUUUCUUUUUGUUUUUGUUUUGUUUUGUUUUUUUCCCCUCUGUCCCCCCCUCCCUACUCCUCCCCUCUCUCCACAAAACCCAUCUCAGCCCUAUUGUUACAACCAUUCCAAAGGGGCACAGAGGUGGGUGGCUUAGAUGAAUAAUACCGAAAAAAGAUUACAUCCACACUUUUGACAUAUAUUUUUUUGCAUCAGUAUUAAAUGUUUUUUUGUUUUGUUUUAGUUUUUUUUGUCUUUGCAUUUUUAUACAAAAAUGUAUACUUUGUCAAAAAUGUAUGGACAUGCCCAUGGUAUGAAGGCAAAUGGGAUCAAGUUUGAGGCAAACAUGAAGGGAGAUGUUUGGGGUUGGGGGGUGUAGGGUGGAGCGGGUGGCUGAAAGGGGGGAAGGAGGAGAUGGGUGGGGGUGGGGAAGGUGGCACCUCAGUGCCCCGGAAGCGGUGCCACAAACAGACUAUGACGUUUUAAAGAGUCUUAAAGGAAAAAGGAGAAAAAAAAACAGACCGAUUUUAAUACAAGAGUACCGCACGGUUUACAACACUAAAGUCAUAUUUACUGAGGGAUAAUGGUAAUAAUAAAACAAAAACAACCAAGAUACAAUUCCCAGACCUAGUUUUUAGAAAGGCCUUUUUAAAAAGAAAAAAAUCAUAGGGAACUUUUCACUUCACUCAUUAGCUGUACCAGUUCAUUGAUUCCGUAGAAACUACAAGUUGUAUAGGCAUUAUUGUUUAUUGCUGGUUUUCUGACCUUAAUAAAGUGUAAGUAUGUAUAGGCGGGGUGUUUUUAACUGUGAUUAUUGUACAAAUGAAAAUCUCUUGAUCUCAAGCACAUGAAGUUUGCAGCUCUUUUUCCACCCUGCUCAUUUUUGUAAGAUAACUAAAAAAAAAGAGAAACAACAAAGUCAUCCUGGAAGACCUUUUAAGCAAUUUUUGAACUCAAACCAAGCUGUGAUAAGUGGAAUGGUAACUGUUUAUACUGUGGUAUGUUUUGAUUACAGCAGGCAAUUCUUUUUCAGUGGUCUUUGACAAAUUUAAGGAAUCUCUAUCAGAUGCAAUGUUGGUGUGGCAUCUUGUCUCUUUCUUUUUCUUUCUUUCUUUUCUUUUGUAAAUACUGGAGAAGCUUUUGACCAAUUUGACUUAGAGACGGAAUGUAACUCUGCUUACAAAAAUUGCUAUUAAACUCCUCUGCUUAAGGUGUUCUAAUUUUCUGUGAGCACACUAAAAGCAAAAAUAAAUGUGAAUAAAAAUUCA